AUGACUACAAGAGGGGACAUACGCCUUUCAGUAAGCGAUAAGGGUGGGGAAUUCGUAGUCAUGUCACAGGCUCUUGAUCGGGAAAUAACAAAUCUUCACUUGCAAGAUGAAACGAUCUAUCGCCGCGUAACAGAGAAAGAAUUCCUUGUGCAGUGCAAACGCUUGAAUCAUGUAUGGAUGACUAUGGGAAAAUCUGCUGGCCUUGACGAACGAUUUGUUAGCCGCCUAAAGCUUGACAAACCGACCUGCCCUGUGUUCUACAGCCUCAUCAAAACGCAUAAGCUGAAACCCGAUGAGGUCAACUCAACAUCAGCGGCCACAUUCAAAAUCCGACCAAUAAUAAGUUGUGUGGGAGGACCAACGGAUCGCAUUUCGUGGUUCCUUAAUAAAAUCGUGAGUCAAAUUUUGCCUAAAAUACCAUCUCAUUUGUCGAACACGCACCAUUUCCUUGAGCGAUUACGCAAUGCGAGAGUUGAGGGCAACUGCGUAAUAGAGUCCUUUGAUGUAACCUCACUCUACACGAAUGUAAAAAACAGUGAGGCGCUGCAAGUCUCUCUGAGAUGA